AUGGACUCUAGUUACUUUGCUGUUCAGAGAAGAGCUCUGGAAAUCGUGGGAUUCGAUCCUGGUACUCCCCACCUGAAGCUGAAACAUCCCAUUUGGGCUGGGAUACUCGUACUCUCCUUGGUUUCCCACAAUUGGCCAAUGGUUGUGUAUGCUCUCCAGGAUCUCUCCGAUCUGACCCGCCUCACGGAUAAUUUUGCUGUGUUUAUGCAAGGAUCACUGAGUACCUUUAAGUUCCUAGCCAUUGCGGCCAAGCGAAAAAGAAUUGGUUCCCUAAUUCACCGAUUACAUAAGCUAAACCAGAAGGCCAGUGCUUCGUCCAGUCAGCGGGAAAAGAUCGAAAGGGAGAACCAACUGGAUAGGUAUGUCUCGAGAUCCUUCAGAAAUGCUGCCUACGGUGUUAUAUGUGCCUCAGGCAUUGCUCCCAUUUUGCUUGGAUUGUGGGGAUACAUAAGAACUGGUGAGUUUGUUCCAACCACACCCAUGGACUUCAAUUUCUGGCUGGAUGAGCGGAAUCCCAAAUUCUUUUGGCCCAUCUACCUUUGGGGCGUUUUGGGCGUGGCAGCUGCCGCCUGGUUGGCCAUUGCAACGGACACCUUGUUCUCCUGGCUAAUUCACAAUGUGGUGGUUCAAUUCCAAUUACUAGAGUUACAGCUGGAAAAGAGAGAUCCUCCUAAUCAGGAAGAUUUUCACCUGGUCGAAUGCAUUCAUCAACAUCGUUUGGCUCUGGAGUUGGCCAAGGAACUAAGUUCGAUUUUCGCCGAAAUCGUUUUUGUAAAAUACAUGCUUAGUUACCUGCAACUCUGCAUGUUGGCCUUUCGUUUUAGCCAAAGUGGUUGGAGUGCCCAGGUGCCUUUUAGAGCCACCUUUCUAUUAGCCAGUAUCAUUCAACUAAGCUCGUAUUGCUAUGGAGGUGAAUACCUCAAGCAGCAGAGUUUGGGAAUAGCUCAGGCUGUUUAUGAUCAUAGCAAUUGGCCAGAAAUGGCGCCGAAGAAGAGAAGAUUGUGGCAAUUGAUGAUCAUGAGGGCCCAGAAACCGGCCAGGAUUUUUGGCUACAUGUUCGUGGUGGAUCUGCCACUUCUGCUUUGGGUCACUAAAACAGCGGGCUCAUUUUUGGCAUUACUAAGGACUUUCGAGCGUUCUCCAACUUAG